AUGUCGUGGAUUGUGAUUGACCGCAGUUCAAAGGGAAGCAUAUCUUCAUUUCCCUCCAAAAUGCAACGUACGCGCCCUCGAACGGCUUUGCCAGUGAGGCCUGGACUCCAACGGAAUGGAUCAGCAGGCAGUGAGAAGAAACGAUCACAAAAGGAAGAGAAGAAAGAUAAAAAGGAACGAGAGAAUGUAAACAGUAGCAGAAGAAACAACAGGCCUGGAAGUUCGACGAGGCGAAAGCAAAGCAACGGGAAAAAAUUUAAAAAAAGCCUUGCAGCCAAAAUAACUCAAGGUGAAUUCAACGCCGUACCACCGCAAAAGGAUGAGAAAUCGCAUCGUCUCCUGGACGAAGCGUGGGAGAAGUUUGGUGAGGCGCGUGUUUUAACACGGCAGAACUGCUUUCAGGCGGCGUGGAAGACACUUAUAGAGGCGAAAGAUCAUAUUGAUUCCGCGGCGGACUCCUGCUGUUGCGGGUCGGAGAGGCAUGGACAGGCACUGGUGCAGCUUGGCCAUGAGUUGAACGCCGUGACGCAGCGUUGGCUACAGUGGGAGGGGGUGUUAUUAAGAUCGGGGUCGGUUGAUAGCCCGUUGGAGGACAGCACGCCAGCGAAAGCCGCGGUGCGUGCAAAUGAAAAAGAAUCACGCACCCCAGGGCUUGAGGGGAGGGAAGAAAAUAAUAAUGGAACUGAUGAGGGACGGGAACAACCAGGAAAGAGUGGGGCGUUGACUGGAGACACGUUACCCAAAUUCCCUCACCCUACAGCGGAGUCGAAAACCACAACGGAUUUUAUUAACAACAGGACGGAUGUAUACGUGCAGAGUGGGGAAUGGAUGGUUGGUGCUGCUUCACCCAACUCUCGCCCCAUGACAUCGCCAUUGUCGCCGUGGAGUUGUUCUCGGCCACAGGACACGUGGAGCUCACCGGCAUCACGCAAUUCUGCCCCGAACCAAUACUCGUUGUAUUCAAAAGAGACAUGCGGUCGACCGACAACUAAAUUCAGUGACGGCAUCAUAUUCGCUAUGAAAGGACAGAGAGAAAAAACAGCAUUGCAGCAAUCUUUGCCUUCUGUUUCUUUCUCUGAGAAGUAUGAAAAUGACUUGGCACGGCAGGCACAACAGAAGGAGGAGCAACAGCAGCAACAAAUGGAGGGAAAAAAGGAAGCGGACGCAAAGGAGGAGAAGGAGAAGGAAGGGGAAGUGACGACGAAAGAGACGCCGGGGUGUCAUUCCCCUGCCGAACGUUCCAUGCCGUCAUUGCAAGGGGCGGCGAAGCAACUCGUCGUGACCGCACAGGAGUCGGCAUGUGAGAAACCCGCACCAGCGGAGACAGACGCCCCACUUGUACGAGAAGAGAUACCGCGGCCAGAGAAGGAAGAACAACAACAAAAGCAACAAAAACAACAAAGUGAAGGAGGAUUGGAAGAGGUGAUGCAGGAAGGGCAAAAGAAGAAGAAGAAAAAGGGGGAGGAAGAACCUCCGCAUUCUGCAUCUUUGGAGCAUGUGGUGUUCCCAUCGACGGAGAUGAACACCUUGGUAGCCGAGGCCACGAGUGCUGCCUCUGAAAAACACAGCGCAUCUAUGCCGAGAGACUCCAAUUAUUGCGGCGUUUCUGAUUUGGGGGAGCCGGAAAGUGUACCUCUGUACGCCUUUGAAUUGGAAAAGCUAAGAAAAAAUUCGGGAAAUGAGUUUCAGGUUGGUCCUUGUAAUUUACCCAGGUCCCACUCUGCAAGGCCGCCAACCGCCUAUUCCGUGCUAAGGCGGCGGGGAACACAGAGUCGAACAGUCAGUAACUCUUGUGGACAGACGCCGUUGCCAGCGAUGAGUUCGCUCCCCUUUGAAAGUUCCGCGUUAUUACCUUCUCAGAAUGUGGCCGGUGAGAAUAUGAAUUGCACAGGAGGCCAUGGACGAACCGGUGAUAGUGUUGGUGGUCUCCGUUUUUUGUUGCCGUAUGUGAGUGUCUAUAGUACAUGGCAGGCAGGGAGCAGGGAUCAACAUGGCAACGAUAUGCAACCGCCGCAUGCCAAAACGCCGAAGGAAGAUUUGAUUCAGAGCUCUCCCAGUGAGAAGGGAUGUCUAGAGAAGGAUACUGCAGGUGCGUCGGCUAAUCUUUCACAGUUGACUGGAGACGCACACGAUGACACCGCCAAUAUGAAGGAAAAGGAAACCAGUGACUACAGCUUCCAAGAAACCCCACAUGUCAAGAAGGAUGAAGCGCAUAACAGCGUACCUUUAUGCGAGCGUGGUAAAUUAUUUUCUGCAGAGCCGUUUCUCCGGAGUUACUUUGAUGGUGUGAAGAGUUACCAGGAGGCACGUGAACUGCAUCAACAAAUGGUGCAAAGUCUCCUGCAGCUUAGGGUAGAGGAAGACGAGGAAGAAGACGAGAUCGGACAACGGGCGGCUGGGCAAACACAACGAUCGUGUGCGGCGCAAAUGCUCGGUCGUCUUGAGGAAGUCUACUACGACUGGCUGAUUGAUCAUCUUGGCAUAAGAAAACGUCAUGGGCGGGAUGAUGACGAUCCGGUUGCUUUAGCAGCCAACGUCAAUGGCGUGGGUAACACGCCGAAAGGGCAUGGAGAGAACUCGGUGCAGAGUUCCACAAUCAGCGCUACGACAGCGUGUUCGACUAUGACACAGACGCCGACGUCGAUGCCAAUGGAGAGGCUUGAGGCGGCACUGAAUUUUGGCCGAGUUCUCUUUCCAACCGCCACGCUACAUGCGGAAGAGAAUGUAGAGGCGGAAAAGGAAGGAGGAAAAAGGACUUCAUCUUCAACCGAGGUGAAUCAAACGCUUAGCAAAAGUCCAGUGAAGACCUAUGGAAACGGUGCUGAGGAUGGCACCGGUGCGGCUCAUGUAGUUGCUUUGGCCGCAGUUGAUGUAAAUUCUAACGCGGAAACAAAACCGCAGGAGCUGCCGUGGACAUCCACGGCAGAAGCUAAAAAAAAUUCAAAAAUAGAAGGGGAAUCCGCGCCGCAAUUGCCGAGAGGGGACUCCCAAGAGGAAUUAGUUAAGACGAAUGUCAAUAAAGUUACCACGGAGACGCAUGCAACCGCGCCACGCCGGUUUGGCCGAACACUUGUCUUUGUUCGCGACCGGCGCUUUUAG